UCUGCGAGUCAGAUGUUUUUGUACACGGACAUUUCUGAACACUAAAACAGAAAUGGUGUCAACAACUAGUAGAAAAAGAGCUUUGCGCGUAUAUUUGUAAUGAGUACAGAAUAAAGAGGUGGCUGUAACAAAGGGUUGGUCAAGCUGUUAAUUCUUGCUGAUCAGCCAGCCUUCAACCUUUCAUUGCAACAUUUAGUUUACAGCAAUAAGGGACACUUUCAGUUCUUCUCCAGUAUUCUAUUCUCAGGUCUGAUCUGAACUCACCCAGUCUCGGAAUGGACGCACUCCUUAAACGGAAUAAAUUAUGAAAUCUCGGGUUGUUUUUAUCUCCCUGUUGCUGCUGUUGUGUUUUCAAUGUAGUCAUGGGUUGGGCUUCGGUGAGUCUGGUACGGGUGUAGUUCCGUCUCCAGACCGAUCCGCCGACGGUGCUGACCUGCGCUCGUCCGUGGGUACCAUGGUGGGCACGCACUUCGCGAUGUUACAUCAGGGAAACACAGACCAGUGUGCUGUAGUGAUGAACCUGAGUGCUGCUGAUCGCUGUGCGUUUGUGAAGACCACCCCAGACUGCAGUAUGGAAGACAGCUUCAUCAACUACCUCAAGAUGGUCUUCUGUCUACUACCACCCAACCUCACACCCCUCACCAUCACAUUCUGUAUGAUCUGGUUGUUGUUCUUGUUCAUAGUUCUGGGACUGACUGCGUCAAAGUUCUUCUGUCCCAACCUCUCGGCCAUCUCCUCCACCCUUCGACUCACACACAACGUGGCUGGUGUGACGUUCCUGGCGCUAGGUAACGGAGCCCCAGAUGUCUUCAGUGCCACUGUGGCCUUCUCCCAUCCACACACUGCUGGCCUGGCUAUAGGAGCACUGUUUGGAGCAGGUAUCUUCGUAACCACUGUGGUUGCCGGGGCUGUGUCAUUGGUCAAGCCCUUCACUGUGGCGACCCGCCCCUUCCUGCGUGAUGUCAUCUUCUACAUGGCCGCUGUCUUCUGGACCUUCGUCAUCCUCUACAGAGGAACUAUAUCACUGGGCGAGACACUGGGGUACCUGGGGCUGUAUGUGGUGUAUGUGAUAACAGUCAUCGUGAGUGCCUACAUCUACAGUCAUCAGAAACACUCAGUGACCAGAAGUUCCAUCCAGAGCUCAACACAUGUACCAGAGUUCCAGUCGUCUGAGUCCGAUGAUGAGGCGAUUCUUAUAUCUAAUAGCAGCAUCCAGGAGGACUAUGACAGUGAGUACUGUCCCCUGCUGCCCUACUGUGAAUCGACCAGUUCGAUCCUGUUGAGUUCUCUCAACCCGGUGGACAGAAGGAAAUGGAGGAGGAAGACCUGGUGCUGGAGGGCCAUCAAAAUACUAAAGACACCACUGGAGGUGCUGCUGCUGCUGACUGUUCCAGUGGUGGAUCCUGAUAAAGAAGACAGGAACUGGAGAAGACCAUUAAACUGCCUCCACCUCAUCACCGCACCACUGGUGUGUGUGCUCACCUUCCGCUCCGGAGAGUACGGUUUGUAUCGGAUCGAGGGUCAGUUUCCUGUCUGGGCGUUGAUGUUGCUCUUUGGCCUCUUCCUCUCCGCCAUAGUCUUCCUCACCACCACCAAUGACCACCCCCCGCCAUACCACACACUGUUCUCUCUGCUGGGCUUUGUGGUGAGUGCAAUAUGGAUCAGUGCUGCGGCCUUGGAGGUGGUCAGUAUCCUGCACAUGCUCGGUGUGGUCCUUAGUCUGUCCAACAAUUUACUGGGUCUCACACUGCUGGCUUGGGGAAACAGCAUAGGGGAUAGUUUUUCUGAUGUCACCAUCGCUCGCCAGGGCUAUCCUCGGAUGGCAAUAUCAGCCUGCUUUGGGGGAAUCAUCUUUAACAUGCUGAUUGGAUUGGGCAUUGGCUGUCUGAUGCAGAUGUUUAACAACAAGCCUGUGGUGACGUUUGAACCAGCGGGUUUGUUGACCUGGGUUCUAGCAGGUUCUCUGGGUCUCUCUCUGGUCCUCUCCUUCGUCCUAGUUCCUCUGCGCUGUUUCCACAUGGGCCGGUCCUACGGAAUCUUCCUCCUGCUCUUCUACGCGGUCUUCCUCCUGGUUGCGCUGCUCACUGAGUUUGGGUUUAUCCACACCUGAAGCCUGUAAGGGAUGGUUUGGACCAGUCUGGUGGAGCCGCCUGUGAGUACUGACAAGACGGUCCGAGACCUGAGUGACUUCCCUCCUCCUGGGAGAAAUGGUGUUACAGCCAAUAACACUGUGCCUUAACUGAGUUGGAGCCAAUCACCCUGUGGCUUUACUUUUGUCUGUUUGCACUGACUGUAUUUUUAUAUUUAGAUCGCCAUUAGGUGUUACAUGAGCAACAGCUACUCUUCCUGGGGUCCACACAAAACAAUUAUACACAUAUACAGAAAUGACUGUAGGAACAAUUGUUUUUACACACAACAUACUGUGAAUCCUAUGUGAAAGCAGUAUAACACUGUUUUAAAAGUAACCCAAAUACCAACAAUGAGAAAAAAAUACAAGAAAAAAGCUGCAGUAGCACUUUAAGGGAGGGAAUUCUCUCCUUUAAAUCAAUGUGAAUGCAGUGUCUCCUUUCGUAGCGAGACACAGUGCUGUAUGUAAUGGUUGAUGUGAGUCAAUUGUAAAAUGUGCUCUAUGCUGUUAUGGCAUAGAAAUACCCAUAUAGUUCCAACUUCUGAGAAGUGGAACCAAUCAUGAAACAGCAAGGCGCAGCUGUUAAAAUUAUUUGAAGAUGGCCCUAAACGAGCUACUUUACGUAGUAGCUUCAAACAAUGUUUAAAAAUUUUUUUAUCAAGAAAUUGUUUCCUUUACUAUGACAGAUGUAUGAUCGAUAUAAAGGUAGUACAUUACUGCCCCUGAAAGAUAUUUGCAGGUGGAAUUGUUGCAUAAAACACCUUUGGUAAAGGAUGCUCUUAUGGGAACUGUGUCUGGGCUGUGUGUAAAUGUGUUAAAGGAACUGAGAUCCAGGUAAAUCACAAAUCCCUAGUGAACUCAUAGUUUAAAAAAACAUCUUAAUUGAAAAUAACAUACUGAGCGGUGUUCAGUCUGGCUUUAGAUCGGGGCACAGCGCCACAACUGCAGCUGUGGCAAAUGACAUAAAUGCACUUGAUAAAAAGCAACAUUGUGCUGCUCUGUUUGCUGAUUUAUCAAAGGCAUUUGAUUCAGUUGACCAUGAAUUGUUGCUUGCUAGACUCAGUAACAUUGGUCUCAGUGAAGGGCAGUAAAUAGUUCCUAAACCAAUCUUUCUGACAGAACACAAUAUGUACACUACCAGUCCAAAGUUUUAGAACACCUACUCAGUCAAGGGUUUUUCUUUAUUUUUAC